AUCUGCAGACGAAGAUUUUGAGACUUGAAAUCGUGUUUGGGACUUUUGUUAUUCCUUAUUCUUUAAAUUGCGUUUAAAUUCAGUGUUGUCAUUGAUAAGAUGGAUCAAUUUGAAUUUUGUAUAAGAACAAUUAGAAAAUGGUGACUUAAAAAUAAGUAGUGCGGAUAUUUCGUUUAAUUCGACUUAAGCGAUAUUCGUCGAAUAAAUCGAAAAAGCAAUCACAAUAGUGCAUACGUUUGCAGAAUCCUACAUUAAAAUUUAAAGCUGAAAUUCAAAAUGGAAUAUCUGAAUGUAUCAACAGCUUCAGCCACAGGAAAUCCGCGCAACAAAACCGCGCUCAAACCUGGCCGUUCUCUGAUGGAUUGGAUCAAGCUGACCAACUCAUCGACGAAUCUCAGCGGCAACGGAAAUCGGUUAAGGGAUAUCUCUUUAGACGAACUUGCUCAGCAUAAAAACAAAAAUGACGCUUGGCUAGCCAUUAGAGGUAUGGUAUACAACGUGUCGUCCUAUUUCGAAUUUCAUCCUGGCGGAGAAGAGGAACUGAUGCGAGGUGUCGGGAUUGACGCCACGGAUUUGUUCGAUCAAGUCCAUAAGUGGGUAAACUACGAAUCGAUGCUGAAAAAGUGCCUCGUCGGACGAUUGAGAACGGACUCAAUGCUGCCUCCAGUCAAGCGUCCACAAAGCAAACUUGCUGUUGGCAAGGAUUUGUCCAUGCCUCCUCCCUUUCCGUCGUUAUCGGCAUCUUCCGCUGGAAUGGUGACCACCGAUUGGAUGCAGAAUUUGACCACCGUCACCAUAGUCCUUUAUACUCGACAGAAGGGUCUUGACGCACGUCGGAUAUCGACUUCUAUUGAUGGAAAUGUCUUUCAUACUCGGAUAUACAGCGACGAUUGGUUACGCUGCUUCGACUAUCAAAUCCGCUUAGCUGAAGAUGUCCAUCCUUUUUGUAAGCCAACAGUCUCUUUGACAACGGGUAAAGUGGAAUUAGUACUCCACAAAAAGCAAAUCGCGCUCCAUUGGCAGAAAUUAGGCGAUUUAGAGGAGGUUAUCCAAGGCUUCCAGCCGUUAGGCCAAGCUCCGCCUUUCUUCCGUCGUUCUGUAUUAACACGCAAGUCGCGUGUUAAUCAUAACGUGUUUCUAUGUACUCUGACGUUCCCUACUGGUCAGAACUUCCACGUUCCUGUGGGUUGGCACGUUCAGCUAAAACUUUGUUUGGAAGAUGGAACUGAAGUGAUCCGCAGCUACACCCCUAUCACUUCCACGCUAUCUUCGUGCGAGACGACAGACUGCCCUUCCAUAAGUGAGUCGCCAACCGCACUCCACUUUCUGAUCAAAAUAUACGCCAACGGGCCAUUUACGUCAGCAUUGGAUCGAUUGUCUGAGGGCAGCCGUUCGAUUGAAGUGAGCAAUCCAAUCGGGAACUUUGUAGGAUCGCAAUUAGAAGGAAAGAACCUCAUAGCUAUUGCUGCCGGCACGGGCAUCACUCCAUUGAUACGCGUCGCAAUCGACGUUCUACGCAAUAACAGGCGGGUUUCUUUGUUGUUCUUCAAUCGAACCCAGGAUGACAUAAUCUGGAAAGAAGAAUUUCGAGAACUCGAAUUAAAAUAUCCAAACAAGUUUAAAUUGUGGCACGUGCUGUCCGAGUCGGAUGACGAAUGGCCAGGUCUUCGAGGUCGGAUCAGCAAGUCCGUAUUAGCCACUACUAUUUUAAGUGAGGAAUAUCAUGAUGUUGGUUCGAAUUUUGCGUGUGUCUGUGGCCCGUCGGAUUUUACCCUGGAGACACUUAGGUUGCUUGAUUCUGCGGGAUAUACACAAGAGACGGUCCAUGCGUUUUCUGGUUAGUCCAAGAGGAUUAUGAAACGCCAGCAUAUUUUACUUCGUCGAAAGCUUUACGGGCCUUCUUCAGUUCUUCGUUCAUCGUAAGGAGGUCUUUGACACGAGCAAAUUUGCGUGUGUCUUUUCGGACCAAAAAUACCAUGUCUUCUACUUGAACACGGCCCGUCCGUCCGGUUUCCAUUGCCUUGUGUGUCUGGAAUGGUAAUUAAUAAAAUGUUCCAUUACAACUGAAGCCAUUGGCUAUGCAUAGGAAUUUUUUAAACUCUAGUCUUUGUAGCCAUAACCUUGAUAAAAUACAUUUUGAUUUCUUGAGCA